CAUAAAAGGCAGGCACUACUGACUGGAACCCAGCAUGAUGGAGAUUUCCACUCUAUUGCUCGCAUUUGGGACAAUGUGGAUUAAUCUCCACUGCGUCCGCGCUGCCCCGGCGCUCUCCAGGAGAGAUUUUCCCGCAGGAUUUCACUUCGGCACAGCGGCAUCGUCCUACCAGUAUGAAGGCGCGGCGACGACAGGAGGAAGGAAGGCAUCCAUUUGGGAUGAAUUCGCGAAAAUUCCAGGAAAGAUUGUCGAUUCCACGUCCGGGGAUGUGGCUAUCGACCAGUACCACCGAUUCGAGGACGAUAUCGACCUCAUGGUGGAUCUCGGUACGGAUGCUUACCGAUUCUCGAUAUCUUGGAGCAGAAUUUUCCCCGAUCGCAAGAUCAAUCCCGAAGGAGUGGCCCACUACAAUCGACUGAUCGACAGACUGAUCGAGAAAGGGAUUACACCAUUCGUGACGAUUCUUCACAGCGACACACCGCUCGCGCUGGACGAAGAGUACGGCUCGUGGCUGAGCCCGCGCAUAAGGAAGGACUUCGCGGAAUAUGCCGAGCUAUGCUUCUCUCUCUUUGGCGACCGUGUGAAGAACUGGAUCACGCUCAACGAGCCCCAUCUCCAGGCGAAUUUCGCUUACAUUAUUGGACUUCUUGCGCCUGGGCGAUGCUCUCAGGAGUAUCCCAGGGGCUGCGCAGCGGGGAACUCCUCCACGGAGGCCUACCUCGUCGUGCACAAUUUCUUGCUCGCGCACGCCGCCGCCGUGGGGAUCUACCGCUCCAGGUUCCAGCACCAGGGCGGGUCGAUCGGGAUCGCGAUCGAUGCGAGCUGGUAUGAGCCGCUGACGAGCUCCCGGAGCGAUGAGGAAGCGGCGCAGCGGGCAAGGGAUUUCGAGGUGGGAUGGAUCUUGGACCCGAUCUUCUUUGGGGAUUAUCCGGAUUCCAUGCGCCGGUUGGUUGGAGACCGGCUUCCACGAUUCAGCGUCGAGGACAAAGCUCUUGUCCAGGGAUCUCUCGAUUUUCUUGGAGUAAAUCACUACACUACAAACUACGCGACCACGGGCCUGGAUUUUCCUCUUUCACUCGUGGGCUAUUACAAAGAUCACAAUGUCCGGCUUCUAGCUCAAAAGGAUGGAGUCUCUCUAGGCCCACAGGUGAAUGGUAUCAACGUUGUUCCCUGGGGAUUUGAAAAGCUGCUGGGCUACAUUCGCGUGAGAUACAAGAAUCCACGAGUUUUCAUCACCGAAAAUGGGAUUAGCGACGCUGUCGAUUCCCUGACGAACUCGAGCAACUUGGGUGAUCUUACCAGGAUCAACUACAUAAGCGGAUACGUCGACGCGAUGCUCACGGCUAUCCGAAAGGGAAGCACGAUCCGAGGCUAUUUCGUGUGGUCACUCUGUGAUAACUGGGAAUGGACGAAUGGUUUUACUUGGAGGUAUGGUCUCUACUAUGUUGAUCGCCAUGACAACUUGACGAGGUACCCCAAGGAAUCGGCCAAGUGGUUCAAGAGCUUUCUUGCAGGCAAAUACUACAACACGAUUGCGAUGUUAAAUAGUGCUGCAAUCAAGUGAAUUUUGCAACACCAAUGUCACCAUGAUUGAAAGCAACACAAUCUAAAAAUCUGUUUUAUAAAAUAAAGUUGAAAGUCGUUACAAGA